AGUAGAAUUGGACUAUGAUGUCAUAACUGACCAAGCUGUAAACCAUGUAUACCAGACACAGUCAGUGAUCGCAGCACCCAGCACACAGACUAUUUACACAGUCAGUGAUCGCAGCACGCAGCACGCAGACUAUUUUAACUUCAAACUUGUCAACAUCUGAGACACUAACUCUACCCAGAUUAGUAAUGGAAAACAAGGUGAAGGUUAACACUAUGUCGAAUGCUAGCAACAACAGCGGCAUCCAGCGCCCCACUCAGCCAGGAGCUAAGAUGCCUUAUCAAAGGGGGGAGAAAGGCCACCCGGUUCACUACCACCGGACCUUUUACCAAAAGGGUGAAGGAGGCCACCAGCAUCCCCACAACCAUCCUGCCCAAAAUCCAGGAUAUCAGAGACCCCCUCCAAGAUGGGAGGUGGAGGCAGGUCUCAAAAACGCAUUGAGGAACUGGACUUGCUUCUGAUAAAGGAGAGAGAGAUGAAGAAGAAAGCAGUGCCACCUAAACCCAGCGUCAGGGACACAUCAGUGGAUGAGGUUCACAGCGAGUGUGACAGGCAGAUCAAGAGGAUGAGUGAAGAACUAAAACACCUUAAUCCUUCCUACUGCGUACCACAGGAUAUGUUUUAUUACUCGCUGAAGACCAAAGAGGAGCUCUUAGGUGUAAUUUCUGCACAAAACAGAAAGCUCGCACAACUCUCGGCUGGCGCAGAGCCUGAUAAUACCCCGAGAGUUGAGAAAGAAGCACCAAAAGAGAAAGAAGCACCAAAAGAGAAAGAAGCACCAAAUGAGGAGAUGGAGGUCCUGCUGAAUGAGGCAGUAAGCAGAAACCUCACCACCACUCUGCAGAUGGAGGCCUUAGAGAAGGAGCUGAGGGCUCAUGAGGAGGAAAAGAAGGCGAUGAAGACGGAGAUGGUAGAGAUGAAGAAGAAGCUGAGGCUCUAUAUGUGGGAUCCAACCGAAGAACCAAUCAACGUGGAGGAGGACGAGGAGGUCCCUGAUGAGAAUGGUACUUCAGACCUGGCUGGAGUUACUUCUGAAGAGGUUGGACAAUGGACAAAAAUUCCAUAUAAAUCCACCAUUAAGGCAACGAAAAAAGCUGCCAAGAUGCACGAACUCCAAAAUAUCAUUGCAUCUCUUAACAAGCAGCUGCGAGCUGAAAGGUUCAGGACCCACACCCUCCAACAAGAACUGUAUAAUUUUAGGUGUAUGCCUAAAGAGGAAGCCAGCCAAGACCCAAACCAGGUUGAGACAUUGAAAGCAGAGAAAGUUUCCCUGGAAGAGAAGGUGAAGGCCCUGCAGGAAGAGGUCUGGACUAUUGCAUCAGAAGAAACAGAUAAUACAGACAAGAUUCAAAAGCUUCAAGCUAGUGUUGAACAUAAAAACAAUCAGCUGCAGGCUGAAAGGCUGAGGGCUGACACCCUCCAAAAAGAAAAUGAGACAUUUAGAUGUAACAUUCAAGAGGUAGCCAGCCAAGACCCAAGCCAGGUUGAGACACUGAAGGCAGAGAAACUUUCCCUGGAAGAGAAGGUGAAGGCCCUGCAGGAAGAGGUGUUGAGUAAAGCAUCAGAGGAAACAGAUAAUACAGACGAGAUUCAAAAGCUUCAAGCUAGUGUUGAACGUAAAAACAACCAGCUGCAGGCUGAAAGGCUCAGGGCUGACACCCUCCAAAAAGAAAAGGAAACAUUAAGGUGUAAGCUUGAAGAGGUAGCCAGCCAAGACCCGAAGCACGUUGAGACACUGAAGGCAGAGAAACUUUCCCUGGAGGAGAAGGUGAAGGCCCUGCAGGAAGAGGUGUUAAGUAAAGCAUCAGAGGAAACAAUUCUUCCAAACAAUAUUCAACAGCUUCAAGAUAGUGUUGAACUUAAAGACAACCAGCUGCAGAUUGAAAAGGGAUUAAAUGAGACCCUCCACAAAGAACUGGAGAAAUUUUGGUGUACGCUUGAAGAGGUAGCCAACCAAGACCUAGAGCAGGUUGAGGAGCUGGAGGAGCAGAAACUUUCCCUGGAGUUGAAGGUGAAGGCCCUGCAGGAAGAGGUCUUCAGUAGAGCAUCAGGGGAGUCUGAAAAUAACAGCAAGACUGAAGAGCUCCGAGAUAUCCUUUCAAAACAAAACAACAGGCUGCAGGCUGAGAUGUUGAGGGCUGACAGCCUCCAGACACAAAAGGAAGAGGUCAUGAAUCAGCUUGAGGAAAUGUCCAUCAAAGACCGGAAGCUGAUUGAAAGGUUUAAGAGAGAACAAGACUCCCUGAAGCAGGAGCUCAUGGACCAGCAAAGUGAGACCUUCAGCAUAGAGAAGACAAACAGAGAGCAGAUGGAGCACUUGAAGAACCAGCUCACAGAAAAGACCAGAAGCUGCCUCAAGCUGGCCUCCAAACUAGAAGAUCAGGAGCAAGUCAGCCAGGUGCUAAAGCAAGAGGUGGAGGGUCUCCAUGAGGAAAUAAAGGCGCUGAUGUGUGAGGAGAAGGCAGAGCCCUCCCUGACAUUAGAUACAAUCCAGGUCAACGCCGAAGGAGACGCUCCAGCCAUGGUCGAGGAGACAUCUGAAAACAUCCAGACAACCCCGGAGAUGGUCAAGGAAACACCCGAGAUCGUAGAGUCAAGACCCGAGAUGGAGAAAGUCUCUUUGUGGAGGAGGUUUAAGAAGUUUAUGACUCCUCACAGUCGCCGCCAAUACAAGGAGCACAGACAGAAGAACCAGGAGUGAGACCCCAGCCAUACCAUCGCCCCAAAAUAUUUGAUUAAAUUCAAAUAGCCCUAAAACAAAUCAAUAAAAAAAAAAAUAAACAAAUUAA